GUGGAUUGUAUACGGAGUUUGUGGAGGCUCGGUUUACAGUCGAGACUGGGCCUGCCUGGCUGGAGGAGGUAUAUAAGGGCCAUCAGUCCUCGUCCAAAUCACUAUCAUCAUCAUCACAUCAACAACAUCAACAACAACAAUUCAAUCAAACAUUCAAUUCACCUCACUCAAGAAACCUCACCAAAGGCUAUAUUCUUCCACUUCAUCAAAACUCCUCCCUCCAUCAUCAAAAUGUUCGGCCAAAUGGUUACUCCUAGCAUCACCCGCCGCGCCUUCGACGGGUCCGAUCUGCAGCUACAACACCAGCUCGCCAACGAGAAGAGCUCUCGCAACAGCAGCACCUGCACAUCAUCCGCAGCCUCGGUCGUGUCCAACAGCGAAAAGUCGUCGCAGAAGGAUGCACUGAAGAAGAAGCGCGCCAACCAAGUCGCCGAUCUCAAGGAGCGCAAUGCGUUCUUCAGGGCUGCUGGCGCUGUGUUCUCGCUCAAGGGAUAAAUCUACCUUGUCGAAUCAAUUGAUAUAAUUAUCAUACUCUAUUUUAUCGCCGUUUACAUACACACUGGGCUGGUUGGGACUAUGUUCUCUGACUAGCCGGACUGGAUCAUACACAUCACGAUGCACGACUAAUCAAACGAUACAAAACGAUACCAUUUGAUAUUCUAUUCAAAAUCCUCAUUCUGAAAUUGUGCGGGAGUUUGGCUGCGAUUAUUAUCGAUAUAAAAUAAUGGGAGGUCAGGACGUCAUGCUUAUUUUGCUGCUCUAGAAUUAGAUAAUACAUAAACUGCA